GGGAUGUGUGCGUUCUGGCUCAGCUUUGGAGGGUCAAACAGUCCUGGUUUUGGUUGAUGACCUUUUUUUUAGCAGCCACACUGAGAACCUCAGGUGUUACUUGGUGUCAACAAGUGGGCGGGGUGUUGGUUCAAGAUGUCGCUCUCCUAUUGGUCGUUGCGGUAAUUAGUGGUUCUAAUUAGCUAAUGACAUUCCAUUAAUUAGGCCACACCUCCUAGUUGAAGUUAUCAAGUGGGCGGGGUCUUGGUUCUGGAUGGCGCUCUCCUAUUGGUCGUUGCUGUCAUUUAUGAUGCUCAUUCCUUAUUACAUCGUAAUUACAUAAUUCUCGAUGGGACUCUGCUAUUGGGUAGGUAAUUAAUGAUUCCCUAACUGCAUCCAUUAAUUAGGCGACAUUGCUCAUUUACGAGUAAACUGUUAUGAGCCUUUCAUAUAUUCUUAGACCAACCAACAGACGUUUCUCAGGGGUCACGGUUCUAACCUAACCUAACCUAUCAACAGCGGGUCACGGUUUAAACCUAACCAACCUGUCUCUAAUGCCAUCGAAGUUCAAAUCAAACCUAACCUAAUUUUAUUAUUUUUAGAAUACUUCAAAUAUCUAGUUUUAUAAAUAUUCUCGUUCAUUACAAAGUUGAAUGUUGAAAUCUCUAUUUCACACAAUGGAAUUUUAAUGUGACUUUAAUGUAUGUAUAAUCUACUUAGUAAUUGAGCUUAUCAUAAUUGUUAGCCAAAUUCCAAUAACACGUAUUUAGAAGCAAAACAAGUUAUCAAUUAUCAAACAAGACUUUGUAUUGAAACAAGAUUUUUAAUGAUCAAGAGUUGUAUAUAUAAAGACCUACGACGAUUUCUUUUUUAUACUACUAUCGAUUGACCCACGCUGUACUCCUACACCAGAAGGCAUCAAUAUGUCGAACUCCCCAUCAAAUGUCUUCGACGGCCAAGACUAUACAUUUAAGCAGUACUAUUAUCCAGUGUCAGAUGCAGAGGACAGCCUAACUUGUGUACCAGACGAGCCGGUGAAGCGAAAAUUAAACACACACUCAAAUAUCGAUGCAUUCUUUGACCAGCCAAAGAUAAAGAGGAAGAAAAACGUGUCUUCCACUGUAGGAAAAGGCUGUAAAGGGGGUGGUAUAUCAUAUAUAUCUACAAACAAAGACGAUGGUACGAAUUCGACACAUCUAAUCAAAAUAGAAAUAUUUGAUAUGAAAAAACUAUCCAAAGUUUCUGAUACAACUAAACACUGGAUGUUUGCGGAUGUGCGUGCAAAAUAUUUCGUGAUGGAAAAUGAAACAAAUAAGCACUUACAGCAAGCUAAAGAUCUCAUUUACGGAAUCACGAAGGAGAUUUCCGAAUCCGACGAGUGUAAAAAGUACCAUUUUAAUUCAAAAGUCUAAUCACUGUUGUCUAAUUGUAUUUUUGUAAUUAGAAUAUCGAUUUAUAAUAUAAUAAACAAAUACUAUAGAAUAUACCAGUUUAUUUAUUUUUUAUAAAAAAAAUGAUACAUAUUUAUUUCUUCCCUUACCUUCUUCAUUAUAAGACGUGUUUUUUACCCUCCUCGGGAAAAUAAAAAAAUAAUGAUUCAUUUUUUGCAUCCAUUUACAGCCAUUGUUGCUGGCCCCAGUAGUUGUGGGAAAUCACAUUUUGUAACAAGUUUUUUAAAUAGUAUCAAAGCAGUUUGUAAUCAAUCAUUCCAAAAAAUUGUGUGGUGUUAUGAUGAAAUGCAGCCAUUGUACAAUUUAAAGAAUGUGAAUUAUAAUCAAGGUAUUCCAGACUUGGGUAUGUUUGAUGGUAAACAACCACAACUGCUUAUUAUAGAUGAUUUAAUGAGAGAAUCCGAUGGACGGAUAGUUGAUAUUUUUACUAAAGGGAGUCAUCAUCGAAAUAUAAGUGUUUUUUACAUAACACAGAACCUAUUUCAUCAGGGAAAAGGGCAACGUGAUAUAUCAUUGAAUGCUAACUACAUUAUUUACUUUAAGAA